AUGGCAGCAGAAGGAGCAGCAGGAGGGGCGGAGGCUGCGUCCAUGGCAGCAGAAGGAGCGGUAGGAGGGGCGGAGGCAGCGUCCAUGGCAGCACAAGGAGCAGUAGGAGGGGCGGAGGCUGCGUCCAUGGCGGCAGAAGGAGCUGUAGGAGGGGCCAAGGCAGCGGCAGGAGCGGUAGGAGGGGCGGAGGCUGCAUCCAUGGCUGCAGCAGGUGCAGUAGGAGGGGCGGAGACUGCAUUCCAAGGCAGCAGCAGGAGCAGUGGGAGGGGCGGAGACUGCAUCUAUGGCAUCAGCAGAUGCAGUAGGAGGGGCCUGCUGCUACUCCUGUCAACUCCUUCCCUGCUCCAUGUGACCUCUUUGGUCUCUUGCCAGUAG